AUGAUUAUUCUAAUCCCAAUUAAUCUAUCUAUCUAUCUAUCUAUCUAUCUAUCUAUCUAUCUAUCUAUCAGUCAUAUGUUUGCUUUCCGACCUGGUCUUCUGCCUUGUGACAGUCGCACUUUGCUUCGGAGGUCCAACGAGGCUAUGCUAGCAUUUCUUGCAGCUGCUGCCACGACCUCCAGAUCCAAGUUAUGUCUGAAGGUGUACAAGCCAUUCUGUAGCGCCUACGGAGGGGCUGACACCGAUAUCCAUUACUCCACCGUGCCUCCUCCCCCCUCUCUCUCUCUCUCUCUAUCUAUCUAUCUUUCUAUCUCGCUUUUUUCUCUUUUCUUUCAUUUUUCUUUCUUUCUUUUUCUUUCUUUCUAUAUUUAUUUUAUUCUUUCAAUGCACAUCGCAAGCUUAUUGAUUUUUCUUAAUCCGUCCGUUCCUCAGAUAAGCUCUCUCUCUCUCUCUCUCUCUCUCUCUCUCUCUCUCUCUCUCAAUCUGUAUGUGUAUGUGUGUAGCCAUGAAAUUUUCCCGCGUGAAUCAUGCUUUUUAUGA